CUAAAAUCGAUGGAGGGUAAUAUUGUCCAUUGAAAGGCUGCUCUGCCCAGCCCAUAGAUCCUGCCGGGACGCAGGUUGGAGACCAGAGCAAGUAACAACGGAAAGCCAUUAGAUCUCUUUAGGGUGAAUGAAGAUGAUGAGGGCGAUGCCGGCGCCGAAGAAGGCCUUGUUCCUCGCGGCGGCGGCUGCCGUCCUCUUCGUCGGCACCUUCCUGCUCAGCAACUUCCUCCGCGGCGCCGACCGCGGCCUCCUCUGCUCGUUCUCCCCUCUCUUCUCGCGGCCCUUCACCGGCGGCGCCGACGUGCGGGGUGAGCUGGCGCUGGCUUUGAUCCACUAUGCGACCACGUCGCAGGUGCCGCAGCAGUUGCGGGCGGAGAUCCAGCUCACCUUCGACGUGCUCCGCCGCCGCGCCCCCUGCAACUUCUUGGUCUUCGGCCUCGGCCGCGACUCCCGGAUGUGGUCCGCGCUCAACGCCGGCGGCACCACUCUGUUCCUGGAGGAGGACAAGGAGUGGUACGAGCUGGUGCUCAAGGGCUCCCCUUCUCUGCGGGCGCACCACAUCAAAUACCGGACCCGGCUCGACGAGGCGGACAAGCUGCUGAAGGGCUACCGAGCGGAGGCGGAGUGCCGGCCGGGGCGGGCCGACGGCGUCGCAGGGCUCCGGCGCAACGGCGGGUGCCCGCUGGCGCUGGUGGGGCUCCCGGACGAAGUCUACGAGAAGGAGUGGGACGUGGUGAUGAUUGACGCGCCGAAGGGGUACUUCCCGUCGGCGCCGGGGAGGAUGGCGGCGAUCUACUCCGCGGUGGUGAUGGGGCGGGGACGAAGGGGGGAGGGGCAGACCGACGUGUUCCUCCAUGACGUCGACCGGAAGGUGGAGAAGGCCUUCGCCUUGGAGUUCUUGUGCCAGAAGAACCGAGUAGGCGCCACCGGCCGGCUGUGGCACUUCCAGAUCCCUCCGGUGAACCCCAACCAGACCAGCUCCGGAAGUCUCACCUUCUCAAACGAAUGCAUAUCUCAUGACAAGGGUCUCCAUUGUGACUUUGCUUACCUCUACAACCUCUUUCGCUACAAGCUCUCAGAGGAGAGUCUAUUGUUGUUGUUGUUGUUGAUAUUGAGCGGGAGUUUAUCUGUGAUGCCCUUCCUGUCACCCUUGUUGGGAUAAAUGGCGAACUCAUGAGCCUUAGGACAUGACAAUAUGUACAAGGUGAGCAGUCCUUCUGACUAGAUGGAGCUCAUCUCAUUGCAGGGAUAGACCAACCUUUUUAAAAAGAGUGAGGGAGUUGUAGAAGGCUUCUAUGAUGUCGACUUUGAAUAAUAACGGGGCUAUCCAUGUUGCUUAA